AAUAAACGCAUGUCAAGCAUGGCGCCAAAUGCAGAUGGCGCUUCCACGUAAGUCUCCAGAUUAUUUGGACACACAUUUUGAAUUGCUACGUAUUUUAUUUAUGAUCCAUAACGCAUGAUUUUUAUGUGUUAUUUUUAUUUAUGAAUGUACAGCGCGUGACCGGCCACCUUUGUUCAUGUGGUGCCAAGAUGAUUUCAAAGGCCGUUGUAGUAAAACAAUUAACCACACAUAGUAACUAUGCGACUCUUAUGAGAUCUUCUAUUGUCCCGACCACCUGCCAGGUACUCCACCUCUACAAGCAUACGCAAUCGGUUCAAGCGGUUGGUUCAGGGCAAGACCCCGUCCCAGCUGGAGAAGGAGAGAGCCCUACAGAAGUCCAAGGACCGGAGGAAGCUGUUGAAAGAGCUGGAGUCGACCUGCAAGAACGAGAGAACGGUGGGUACAGUUGGAAUCGCGGAGUUUAUCACGUGGGUAGUGGUGAGUUGAACCAGCAAAGCGAACACCACCACCCCCACCCCCUUUUUCCCCAUGACGUGUAAAAAUGGGUAAGUGGUUCAGAACGUUUAUUUGGUGAGUAAUUUCAGUUGUUUUCUAUCGCAUUAGGACUUCACUCUACUGGAGAAUUACCUGAACACCAAGCUGGCUCACAGGGGACAAGUCACUCAAAGGAUUGUUGGAUCCUUCGAUUACAGGUCAGUAAAUCAAAUGAAGUGUGUUGCAUAUGAAUUACAGCCCUUGUAUUGGCAACACUUGGCAAACAAGCCAACCAAAACCAUAUAUAUAUAUAUAUAUAUAUAUAUAUAUGUGUGUGUGUGUGUGCGUGUGUGUGUGUGUAUGUAGGCCAUAGUGGAGUUUACUAUUAAAAAAUUACAACGCGAAAGAAAGUAUAAUUCCGCCUUCCUGUACGUUUCAUAUCGAAAUAAAUCGAACUUGCUAACAUCACAAUCAAAACGUAUCUCAAAACAAUAAACACAUCCCUUGACACAAAAGUUAAACGUUUGUAUCUCACUUAACACAUUUUUCCUCGUGUCCUUUCCUCUUCCCCCCCCCCUCUUAACCCUAACCCUAACCUCUAACCCUAACCCCUAACCCCUAACCCUAACCCAUAGUCACACUGAGAGGCGAAAUCUGGAAAUUGAGAAAAUAGCCAAACGGGCCAGGCGGAUGUCUGUGUCCAGAAACAAGCGCAUCGAAGAGCACGUGACCAAACAUUCACUUUACGACGAGAGUCUGAGGCGAGCGGUCAUCGAGUCACUGGAGAGCAAGAAGAUCAAGAAGAAGAGUCAAAGCUAUCGACGGCCAUCGGAUGUUAAUGGGCCGGUAGGUUUGGCCCAGGGACCACGCUAAGGCAAUGAGUUUGGGAUUUGAAGGGGCCGGUAGGUUAGGUCCAGGGACCACGCUAAGGCAAUGAGUUUGAAGGGACCGGUUCGCUGAACGAAGCAGCCUGAAGUCUUGGUAAAUGUUUCAGGGGUCGUUCGCAAUUUACGUAACGCUCAAUAGAGAUAGAGAGGGGGGGGGGGGGUUGGUCGAGGUUUUUUGCUACUUUGUGUAAAAAAUUUAGGGACGUAACACUUUGUAUAUUUUUUUUGUCAUCUAAAAUUUUCUAAUUUUAAACAUUCUUUAUUCAAUUAAUUUAAAGAAAAAACAUUAAUUUGAGUUCGAAAUUGCCUCAGGUAGUAUGAGUUCCGUGAAACUCAGUCGCUCACACCUUCUGGACGUAUCCAAAAAUGACGUGAGAUUUGUUGUGGCCAGUUUACAUUCGGCCCGGGGAGGACGUCGUUGUUUAGCGUUUUACGUCACAGUUUUCUAAGAAUACUUUAUGAGAAAAUUAUGGGGAAAUGUCUGGGAAGAAAGUAAAAUCUCAGUUUCGUUAUGAAAGUUGUAUGCAUGUUUUGGAUAUUUUUAGGUGUGACGUAACACUAAAAAAAAGGGGGGGGGUAAAGGAUAUGUAAUGCUUUGUGAUUGGGGGGGGGGGGUCGUCCGAAAAUGUCAUUUUUGGAGUGACUUAAUUUACGAACGACCCCUAAAAAUUAUUAUUUCUUUGUUGCAUGAUUUAAAUUAUUUAUUUUUAGUAAAAAAAACUAGCGCCAUGCCUCAAUGACUAGCCACUGGUCGAAACUUGGGUCAUAACUUGUAACAUUUUGAUGAGUCGCCAGCAGUAAGACUUGAUUACACUGGUCGAAACUGAUGGAAGACUUAGCUUCAAUACAUUGUCGAUGCCAAAGAACAUUUUGAACAAUCUAUCCAUAUAAUGCAUAGCUUCUAGGACGAACAGACAACAUAUCCAUAGACUACAUAGCCCUAUCGCAAAUACACAACCUAUCCAUAGACUAAAUAGCCUGACUGCUGUGUGUUUGUAAAACUUUUGUUCCAGGCCCGAGACGGCAACUCGCCCAACUCAUCCAACAGGGAUUCCUGGCAACGUAUGUCGCUGGUCCACGAGAGAAUCUCGUCCAGAUCGACGCCCCACACAAUGAGCGGGUCACGCAGGGGAUCCGAUGACGACGAUGAGGAGAUUUUUCUGCAGCUGAGACGAGGCUCACUGUCACCGCCGGUCUUGGUGAGACGCGGGACACUGCCGUCGGUGAUCACGGGGAGACGCGGGACUCUAUCGUCUGUCCCUGAGAAACGGGGGAAAUAGCAACGCAAAAUCGAAUGGAUGAAAGGAUGUGAGGAAAGGGGCUGGCCCGGAAUCGCUCCAAAAAGAAUGGUUUAAAUUUUUUUUCAAGUUGGCCAACUGUCAAGUUGAAAAAAAACAAAAAACAAUUCUAUUCCAAGGUGACAUGUUAGUUGACAAUUGCGGGAGGGUGGCGAUAUCAUAGGGUCAAUCACAAAGACGGGAAUGUGACAUCAUUGUGCGUGGACGUUUGGGUGACACAGUUAAUGUCAUUUGUGUGUUAAGUUCUAGAUCUAUGGAAGUGUGAACCGGAACCACGUGUGAUGAAUAUCGAUUUCAAACCGGACAACCAUCAACAGUUCAACCGUCUUUGACCUUACCGAACGCACCAUGACAGUUAUGACUUUUCCAUACAAGAAAAACCUAACAUUACCACUUCUGUUGUGAAUAUCAUCAUCCAUCCGAUGAAACGUCGUCUUCUCGUUGUUCCGACCGACAACAUUUCGUAAACUACACCGUCCGUGUGGUGCGUUUUUUUCCUUUUAACUGAACUCCAGCAGUCCCAUUUCCCCUCAUAAUAAU